CCCCAGCCAGAAGGAAGCUCCCUGCGCCAAGGAGAGGUUCCCGGCGCGCCUCCCCUCCUCCCCCUGCGGCGGCGGCGGCGACUCCGCCAGACGAGUCGGGGGGCUUCCGUCCUUUCCUCGCCGGGCUGCUUCCCUCUUUCGCCAGCGUGGGGGCGGAGAGUGGAGACAAGGCCUUCCAGGAGAGCAGGAGCCAAAGAGGAAAAGCGCAAGGCUCUUUGCGCUCCUCCAAGCAGGGCGAAGGGGAAUGCCCGCGCCUGGCUAGCUGGAUUUCAUCGACAGCAAAAUGGGCGGAUUUUAGGCGGCAGCGGCUCCUCCCGGUUGCACGUCCUAGUUGACCGGGUAACCGGGGUGGGGGGGGUGGAAUUGCUGAGGAAUGUGGCGUCCGUGCGGCUCCAGGCUCCUGGCUCAGGUGAAAUGGAGGCUUUGGGGGCUCCUGCUUGCGGUGCGGGGAAGAAGAGCUUAGCGCCAUGCAUGAAGUCCUGGAAGAUCCUACCAAGGUGGAGGUGAUGAGUUGAAAGGCAGAGGCAGUGGAAGCUGGUUGUGGGCUUUCCCUUCCCAGCUAUCAUGACUGUCUUCCGGCAAGAAAACCUGGAGGAUCACUACGAGGUUGGAGAGGAACUUGGAAGUGGCCAGUUUGCAAUAGUAAGAAAAUGCCGUGAGAAGACCACUGGGGCACAAUAUGCUGCAAAAUUCAUUAAAAAACGGAGAACAAAAUCCAGUCGUCGAGGAGUGAGUCGCGAAGAUAUUGAACGAGAAGUAAACAUAUUAAAAGAAAUCCAGCAUCCCAAUGUGAUCACACUCCAUGAUGUCUAUGAAAGUAAAAUGGAUGUAAUUCUUAUAUUGGAACUCGUUGCAGGAGGUGAACUCUUUGACUUUUUAGCUGAAAAGGAAUCUUUGACUGAAGAGGAGGCCACAGAAUUUCUCAAGCAAAUUCUUAAUGGUGUUAAGUAUCUGCACUCUCUGCAAAUUGCACAUUUUGAUCUUAAGCCUGAAAACAUAAUGCUGCUGGAUAGAAAUGUACCAAAACCACACAUCAAGAUCAUUGACUUUGGCUUAGCACACAAAAUAGAUUUCAGCAAUGAGUUUAAGAAUAUUUUUGGGACACCUGAAUUUGUUGCUCCUGAAAUAGUAAACUAUGAACCACUUGGUCUUGAGGCAGAUAUGUGGAGCAUUGGUGUAAUAACUUACAUUCUAUUAAGUGGCGCUUCACCAUUUCUUGGAGAGACAAAACAAGAAACGCUAGCCAAUGUGUCUGCAGUGAAUUAUGACUUUGAGGAAGAAUUCUUUAACAAUACCAGUGCUCUAGCUAAAGAUUUUAUAAGGCGACUUCUAAUAAAGGACCCAAAGAAGAGAAUGACUAUUCAAGACAGCUUGCAACAUCCAUGGAUCAAGCCAAAAGAUACGCUGCAAGCCCUAAGUAGAAAAGCCUCUGCAGUAAAUAUGGAGAAAUUCAAAAAGUUUGCUGCACGAAGAAAAUGGAAACAAUCAGUGCGUCUAAUAUCAUUAUGCCAAAGAUUAUCAAGAUCAUUUUUGUCCAGAAGUAACAUGAGUGUGGCCAGAAGUGAUGAUACUCUGGACGAGGAAGAUUCGUUUGUAAUGAAGGCCAUCAUUCAUGCUAUCAAUGAUGACAAUGUUCCUGGCCUUCAGCAUCUUUUGGGGUCUUUGACCAAUUAUGAUGUCAAUCAACCAAACAAGCAUGGAACACCUCCAUUUCUGAUUGCUUCUGGAUGUGGGAAUAUUCAGAUGCUCCAGUUAUUUCUAAAGCGAGGUGCCCGCGUUGACGUCCAAGAUAAGGCAGGAUCCAAUGCAAUAUACUGGGCGUCUCGGCAUGGUCACAUAGAAACUCUGAAAUUUCUCCAUACAAAUAAAUGUCCUUUGGAUGUAAGAGACAAGUCUGGAGAAACUGCACUCCAUGUGGCUUCUCGAUAUGGUCAUGUUGAAGUAGUUCAAUACCUCUGUAGCAUUGGAUCAAAUUCUAAUUUUCAAGAUAAAGAAGAAGAAACUCCUUUGCACUGUGCUGCUUGGCAUGGCUAUUUUCUUGUUACCAAAGCACUUUGUAAGGCAGGCUGUAAUGUGAACAUUAAAAAUAAAGAAGGGGAAACUCCGCUUUUGACAGCUUCAGCUAGAGGUUACCAUGACAUUGUGGAAUGCUUGGCAGAGCAUGGUGCUGACCUUGAUGCAACUGACAAGGAUGGACACAUAGCCCUUCACCUUGCUGUACGAAGAUGUCAGAUGGAAGUAGUAAAAAUGCUGAUUAGUCGAGGUUGCUCUAUAGAUUUUCAAGAUAGACAUGGUAACACUCCUCUCCACGUAGCCUGCAAAGAUGGAAACGUUCCCAUUGUAAUGGCACUCUGUGAAGCAAACUGUAACAUCGAUAUGACAAACAAGUAUGGGCGAACUCCUUUACAUCUGGCUGCAAAUAAUGGAAUCCUUGAUGUGGUCCGUUACCUCUGUCUUAGCGGGGCUAAUGUGGAGGCUUUAACAUCUGAUGGAAAAACAGCAGAAGAUUUGGCUAGAGCAGAGCAGCAUGACCAUGUAGCUAGUCUGCUUACAAGGUUGAAAAAGGAUACACAUAGGGCAUUAUUCAUCCAGCAUCUUAGACCUACUCAUAAUCUACAGCCAAGAAUAAAAAUUAAACUCUUUGGCCACUCUGCAUCUGGGAAAACAACUCUUGUGGAAUCUUUAAAGUGUGGGCUACUAAGAAGCUUCUUCAGAAGGCGCAGACCUAGGCUCGCUUCUACAAAUUCUGUCCGAUUUCCUCCUUCACCUUUAUCUAAUAAGCCAACAGUUUCAGUAAGUAUUUCAAAUCUGUAUCCUGGCUGUGAGAAUGUUAGCGUGAGAAGCCGAAGCAUGAUGUUUGAGCCGGGCCUGACCAAAGGGAUGUUGGAAGUAUUUGUUUCUCCCUCACAUCAUUCCCACUGCUCCAUGGAUGAUCAGUCCACAAAGUGCAUUGAUGUGCAGAAUGCUUAUUUGAAUGGAAUUGGUGAUUUCAGUGUAUGGGAAUUCUCUGGAAAUCCUGUCUAUUUCUGCUGCUACGAUUAUUUUGCUGCAAAUGACCCCACCUCAGUUCACAUUGUGCUUUUUAGUCUUGAAGAACCUUAUGAAAUACAAUUGAAUCAAGUGACCUUUUGGCUUAGUUUCUUAAAAUCAUUAGUUCCGGUUGAAGAACCUAUAGCAUUUGGAGGAAAGCUGAAAACUCCACUUCAUGUUGCACUGGUGGCUACACAUGCAGAUAUUGUUAAUCUUCCACGUUCUGCUGGAGGAGAGUUCCAAUAUGACAAAGAUACAUCACUUUUGAAAGAAAUUAGGAAUAGGUUUGGGAAUGAUGUUCACAUUUUGGACAGAUUAUUUAUUCUAGAUGCUGGAGCAUCAGGUUCAAAAGAUAUGAAGAUCCUCCGAUACCAUCUUCAAGAGUUACGCAGUCAGAUUAUCUCUACAUGUCCACCUAUGACUCACUUGUGUGAAAAAAUAAUUUCCACUCUACCAUCAUGGAGAAAAAUAAAUGGGCCCAAUCAGCUCAUGUCCCUUCAACAGUUUGUAUAUGAUGUGCAAGAUCAACUUAAUCCAUUAGCAAGUGAAGAUGAGAUUAGGCAUAUAGCCCUCCAGCUACACAGUAUAGGCGAAAUCAACAUCAUGCAGAGUGAGACAGUCCAAGAUGUUGUUCUGCUGGAUCCUCGCUGGUUAUGUUCAAAUGUCCUUGGAAGACUUUUGUCUAUAGAGAAUCCUAAAGCCCUCCACCACUACAGAGGUCGAUAUACAAUAGAGGACAUCCAGCGCCUUAUACCAGACAGUGAUGUAGAAGAACUUAUCCAAGUCUUGGAUGCCAUGGACAUCUGUGCCAGAGAUGUCAGCAGUGGAACAAUGAUUGAUAUUCCAGCCUUGAUUAAGACUGAUAGCCUCCAUAGGUCUUGGGCUGAUGAAGAAGAUGAAGUUAUGAUUUACGGUGGUGUUAGAAUUGCUCCUGUGGAACAUCUAACCCCACUUCCUUGUGGCAUUUUUCAUAAAGUUCAGGUGAAUCUGUGUCGAUGGAUUCAUCAACAAAGCACAGAGGGAGAUGCAGAUAUACGUUUGUGGGUCAAUGGAUCAAAGAUUAUGAACCGUGGAGCUGAACUUCUUGUACUGCUUGUCAACAAUGGUCAGGGUAUUGAGGUUCAAGUUAGAGGCUUGGAAAUGGAGAAGAUUAAAUGCUGCUUAUUCCUGGACUCUGUAUGCAGUACCAUUGAUAAUUUGAUAGCCACCACAUUGCCAGGGCUGUUGACAGUCAAACAUUAUCUCAGUCCUCAGCAGCUGAGGGAACAUCAUGAGCCAAUCAUGAUUUACCAGCCAAGAGAUUUUUUCCGCGCACAAAGUCAAAAAGAGACCUCCUUGACUAAUACCAUGGGUGGUUACAAAGAAAGUUUUAGCAGCAUAUUGUGCUUUGGGUGUCUUGAUGUUUACUCACAAGGAAGUUUAGGAAUGGAUAUCCAUGUAUCAGAUUUGAAUCUACUUACAAGGAGGAAACUGAGCCGACUUUUGGAUCCACUUGAUCCUAUGGGCAAGGAUUGGUGCCUUCUUGCAAUGAACUUGGGCCUCCCUGAUCUGGUCGCAAAGCAUAAUAUAAACAAUGGGAGUUCCAAUGACUUCAUCUCCAGUCCAUCCUACUCCCUUCUCCAGGAAUGGGGAAAUGCCCCUGAAAGUACUGUGGGUAUUCUGAUGUCUAAGCUGAGGGAACUGGGCCGCAGAGACGCAGCUGACUUUUUAUUGAAAGCAUCUUCUGUGUUCAGAGUCAGUUUUGAUGCAAAUGGUCAGGAAGCUUAUGCUUCAAGCUGUAAUAGUGGGACAUCUUAUAAUUCAAUUAGUUCAGUCGUCUCUCGAUAAAAGUAAUAAUGUGGAACUUUUUCUAAUUUCAGCUAAUGCGAAAGGAUUCAGGAUGGCAAUCUUUUUUGGUAUUUAUAAGUUCUAUAUAUUACUGUAAUAAGUUGUCUCUGUUCCUCCACAUUGCUUUAUAAGUGACUAAAACCCUGAAACAUUGCUUUUUAAGUAACACGUUGCUCUUACUUUAGUUAUAAAAGACUAGUAUAAUUUCAGCUAUUUUGCAAUCUGCUUUUUAAUGAUUAUUGUACUUUUUUGAAUUCUAUUGGUUUAACUGUUUAAUUCUUCAAUAGCUGGUCAUUUUAACAAACCAUCGUUCCUUGUACCGAAAACUGCACAAUAAUUAAGCUACAUUUCUUACAUACUCUUUUCCCCCUUUGUUUUAUUUUAAAAACAUAGAUAGCCAAACAAUGCUAAUUGGUUUGGAUUUGAACACCAUGCUUAGAAAUGAAAAAGUGAGUGCCUUUUGCAGAAAACUCAUGUGGUUAAAAUCAAGUUGUUUCUGUGGAAGCUGUAAGACAAUGCUACCUCUAUUUCAUGUCUGCAUGCUGGUUGUUGCAAGUGGUUGUUGCCUUUGUGUGUCAUAAAGCAUAAGAUACUUGGUAACAUGAAAUCUGUUCCACUGAAGAGCUCUCAUGUAGACUAUCAUGAGGGUAGAAAUAUGUAAGACGUUAUGUUUAUUCCGUUGAAGUGGAAUGAAAACUUUCGAACUCCAUGAACUUGCACCUUCCAUUAUUUCUACAUAUCUCAGGUAAAGAUUUUACACAAAUGUAAAGUUCACCAAGGCACAUAUACAAGUGUUAGCUAACUAUGACUUAUUCUGUAUUUAACGGUGAUCAUUUGUGCAAAGCAAAUGGUUUUUCACUUUCAGAUACUAGUGUGCUUAUUUCUUAUACUUGAACGUUUAAUUUCAUUUUGUUUUUAUUAAAGCAAGAGCUUAAAAUUACUAUGAGAGAAAAUGACUUUCUUCUUUUCUGAAAAGCAUGUAAUAUUAAAGGUACACUAUAUAUUAUGUGUAUAUACAUAUAUAAUAUAUGUAUAUAUUAAUACUGUUUUCCUUAAUCUUUGUUGUAGUACAAUUUUAAAAUUUUUUACGAAUAAAUUGUUGCCUGUUGCAACUUUUUCAUCA